UGACCUUGAGCGGUGGACCGCGAGCUAUUUUGCCUGAUUUGGAAAGCUUUGAGAAACAGAAAAAAACAAAUUAUAAGAAAAUGACGACUUUUCGAAAUCAUUGUCCACAUUUGGAUUCAGUUGGUGAAAUAACAAAAGAGGAUUUGAUAGAAAAAUCUCAUGGGGCUUGUCAGGACUGUAAAGUCAGAGGACCAAAUCUGUGGGCAUGCCUGGAGAACAGGUGUUCCUAUGUUGGCUGUGGGGAGUCACAAGUGGACCACAGCACCAUGCACUCGCAGGAGACAAAGCAUCAUCUGACUGUGAACCUCACCACUCUCCGAGUGUGGUGCUACGCUUGCAGCGAAGAAGUGUUUUUGGAUAGAAAAUUAGGGACUCCUCCUCCGUUACCUCAUGCAAGACAGCCUCAACACACACAAGAACGCAUGGUCCAGGAUUUUAAAAUGCCCAGUACCACAGCGUUGAAAACUCCUCUGGCUGUGGUAUUUGAAGAUCUGGGUAUAGAAGUGGAGGAAGAAGACGAGCUGAAGGCGAGAGGUCUUACAGGCUUGAAAAACAUUGGAAAUACUUGCUAUAUGAAUGCAGCUUUGCAGGCUCUUUCUAACUGCCCACCUUUGACGUACUUCUUUCUUGAUUGUGGAGGACUGGCUAGAACAGAUAAGAAACCAGCAAUUUGUAAAAGUUACCUCAAACUAAUGACAGAAUUGUGGCACAAGAGCAGGCCAGGAUCUGUUGUGCCUGCUAAUCUGUUCCAAGGAAUUAAAACUGUAAACCCAACUUUUCGAGGCUAUUCUCAGCAGGAUGCCCAGGAGUUCCUUCGCUGCUUAAUGGACCUGCUUCAUGAAGAGUUAAAGGAGCAGGUCAUGGAACUAGAGGAAGACCCUCACACCCUGACUUCUGAGGAGACCGUGGAAGAAGACAGGAGCCAGUCAGACGUGGACUUUCAGUCCUGCGAGUCGUGUAGCAGCAGUGAGAAAGCAGAAAAUGAGAGCGGCUCCAAAGGCUUUCCUGAAGACAGUAAUGAGACCACAAUGCUUAUUCAGGAUGAGGAUGACUUAGAGAUGGCCAAAGACUGGCAGAAAGAGAAGAUGUGCAGUAAGAUCAGCAAAGCCAAUGUUGACAUAGAAUUGGAUAAAGAUAGAGACACUGCAUGUGAAACAGUUGACCUGAACAGCCAGGAGACCGUCAAAGUGCAAAUACAUGGCAGAGCCUCAGAAUAUAUCACUGAUGUCCAUUUGAAUGACCUAUCUACAUCACAGAUCCUUCCAUCAAAUGAAAGUGCUACUCCACGUCUGUCAGCAAGCCCUCCUAAGUCAGCCAGUGUGUGGUCAGGACUGACACCUCCAAACAAAAAAGCUCAGUCUGUAUCUCCAAAGAGAAAAAAGCAACAUAAGAAAUACAGAAGUGUCAUUUCUGACAUAUUUGAUGGGACAAUCAUUAGUUCAGUGCAGUGUCUGACGUGUGACAGGGUAUCUGUGACCCUCGAGACCUUUCAGGAUCUGUCCUUGCCAAUCCCCGGCAAGGAAGACCUGGCUAAGCUGCACUCCUCCAGUCACCCAACGAUAGUCAAAGCAGGGUCGUGUGGUGAAGCCUACGCGCCGCAGGGGUGGAUAGCCUUCUUCAUGGAGUACGUCAAGAGCUGGUUCUGGGGUCCAGUAGUAACCUUGCAAGACUGUCUUGCUGCCUUCUUCGCCAGAGAUGAACUUAAAGGUGACAAUAUGUACAGUUGUGAAAAAUGCAAAAAGUUGAGGAAUGGAGUAAAGUUUUGUAAAGUACAGAAGUUUCCUGAGAUUUUGUGUAUCCACCUUAAAAGAUUUCGACACGAACUGAUGUUUUCCACCAAAAUUAGCACUCAUGUCUCCUUCCCCCUGGAAGGCCUGGACCUUCAGCCAUUUCUUGCAAAGGAUAGCCCAGCUCAGAUUGUGACGUAUGACCUCCUGUCAGUCAUUUGCCAUCACGGGACUGCAAGCAGUGGACACUACAUCGCCUAUUGCCGCAACAACUUAAAUAACCUGUGGUAUGAGUUUGAUGACCAGAGUGUCACUGAAGUUUCAGAGUCCACUGUGCAGAAUGCUGAGGCCUACGUCCUUUUUUACAGGAAGAGCAGUGAAGAGGCACAGAAGGAGAGGCGCCGGGUAUCAAACCUGCUCAACAUAACGGAGCCCAGCCUCCUGCAGUUCUACAUAUCCCGGCCGUGGCUGAAUAAAUUUAAGACCUUUGCUGAGCCUGGCCCUAUUUCAAACAAUGACUUCCUCUGUAUACAUGGAGGUAUUCCUCCACGGAAGGCUAGCUAUGUUGAAGACUUGGUUUUGAUGCUGCCUCAGAACAUCUGGGAUAACCUCUAUAGCAGGUAUGGAGGAGGGCCUGCUGUUAACCAUCUGUACAUUUGCCACACUUGCCAAAUCGAGGCAGAAAAGAUUGAAAAACGAAGAAAGACUGAAUUGGAAAUUUUUAUUCGGCUCAACCGAGCAUUUCAAGAGGAGGACUCUCCGGCUACUUUUUAUUGUAUCAGUAUGCAGUGGUUUAGAGAGUGGGAGAGCUUUGUAAAGGGCAAGGAUGGAGAUCCUCCAGGUCCCAUUGACAACACUAAGAUUGCAGUCACUAAAUGUGGAAGCGUGAUGCUCAAGCAAGGAGCAGACUCUGGUCAGAUUUCAGAAGAAACAUGGAAUUUCCUGCAGUCUAUAUACGGUGGAGGGCCUGAAGUCAUCCUCCGACCUCCCGUGGUCCAUGUUGACCCUGACCCACUGCAAACAGAGGAAAAGAUUGAAGUAGAGACCCGCUCUUUGUAGUUCUGAGGGUGCAGAGCUCCAGUGAGGACGCCUCACUUGACGCACACGCAUUCAAAGCAUUCCUUAAAGCAUGUUUAUUUUCUUGAUUUUCUUCUUUUAUCACAUGUAUCCCUUUGUACUGGGCAUUAUGGAAGGGUAUGUUAAAAUGUGUAAUAUAAGUUGGUAUAUUUAAUAUUGAGUAACUUAACCUAGUAUCUUUCAGUAUGCUGUUUUGAAAGAGAGGGGACAGUUGAGCUCUCUGACCUGUGUCAGGCAGAUCUGGUAGACCUUUUGUAGCUCUGUAAAUA